AUGAGAACUGAUAUAGUAAAGAAUUCUCCAGCUUCCCACGAUGCCCUCGCUAGCGUUGAGAAUGCUGCCCCCAGUGAAAAGCCUCCGGUUGACAACAGCAACCUCGAAAGCUGGCUAACUGUGGUUGCUGGAUUUUGUGUCUUUGUCAAUUCAUGGGGCCUUCUAAGCACAUACGGCGCUUUUCAAGAGUACUACCAGACCGUUCUGUUGCCAACAGUCUCUCCAUCGGUUCUAUCAUGGGUCGGCAGCGCACAGGCGACAUUUAUUGUCCUGAUUGGCAUUGUCACCGGCCCACUAGUCGAUGCAGGAUAUGUGCGGCCGCUGAUGAUUAUUGGUUGCUUCUUGACCGUAUUUGGGAUGAUGAUGACUAGUCUCGCAACAAGCUAUUACCAAGUUCUUCUAGCUCAGGGCUUCUGUGCCGGUAUUGGCGGCGGUAUCGCCUACAUACCUUCUUUAGCUGUGAUAUCUUCAAAUUUCAGCGCCGCCAAACGACCUAUCGCAAUCGGCCUGGCAUCUAUUGGUUCCAGCAUUGGGAGCGUUGUAUAUCCCAUUCUCUUCCGUCGUUUACAGCCCCAGAUUGGAUUUCCCUGGACGGUCCGCAUCAUUGCAUUCAUCACAUUUGGCUUAUCCUUGAUCAUUUGCGCCGUCCUCUGCCGUCACCCAGGACAUGCAGCGCCAACUAGACGCAGUCUCAUUGACCGUAGAGCAAUUUUGGAACCGACAUUCAUGUUAUAUUCAGUCAGCCUGACUUGCAUUAUGCUUGCAUACUAUAUCCCUAUAUUUUAUGUCCCCACCUACGCUCGCACCUCAAGUCUACACACCUCCAAAGAUCUAUCCUUCUACAUGCUUGCCAUUGUCAACGGUGCUUCCACAUUUGGCAGAACAAUGCCAUACCUGCUCCUUGGUAUAUCUACCAGCGGCAGCAAAAGCUCCGAUAAAAAUGCGAGCAACAAACUAGUCAAACCAAUAUACAUACUCGUAUUCUCAACAGUGGGCUCCGCAUUAGCCAUGUUCACGUGGCUAGCCGUUAAAAACACUGCUGGUUUUAUAGUUUGGCUGUGCUACUGGGGUUUCCUUACCGGUAUCCUAGUCACUGCUCCGACAAGCAUCAUUGCCCAUCCAAUUCUCUGUCCGGAUAUGAAUUUCAUUGGGACUAGAUUAGGCAUGAUGUGGGGGAUUAGUUCUUUCGGGGGACUAGCAGGCACUCCCAUUGCUGGUGCUCUCGUUGAUCUCGAGACAGGUGAAUUUUGGAAGGCCCAAGUUUUUGGUGGUUGUAUGAUGGUGGUCGCUGCACUGUUGCAGGCCUGGCCUACUUUUAGGAUUGUGAGAUACGAUAGAAGGGCGAUGGUCUAG